CCUCGUAUCGGUGCGUGUAUUGCUUUAAGAAAGAAUCACGUGACCGAUACAGGAACUGUAUCGUUUGGAUGUGCCGCGCCAAAGUGUGUUUAUCAGGAAACAAACUGUAUCAACAUGUCGUGGGUUUGUCGGAUGGAGUUUUGCUUGAUCAUGGAUCGUUCUAGGAAGUUUUCCCCGGUGUGGAAUAAUUUUGAUCUCGUGACGCCAAACAAGGUGAAGUGUCGGCUCUGCUCUACAGAGCUAUCUUAUAUCAAUAAGAGCACUUCAUCAAUGCUGAGGCAUUAUAGAGCUCGGCAUGGCAAUGAAGAAUUGGCAGAUACUCGUGAGAGUACCCCAGUUCCUAACAAGCAAGCAGUGGAUGAGGCAGUGGUCAAUAUGAUCAUCAAAGACUGUCAGCCACUCAGCUUUGUUGAAAAUGAGGGAUUCAGGGAGCUCCUGAAGCUUAUUCUACCCUCGUAUGCUCUACCAAGCAGGAAGACCAUCAAGGACUUGGUGAGCCAGAGAUAUGAGGAGGAAAAGGAGAAAACCAAAAAGGACCUCCAGAGUGCCGUUGCUGUUACUUUAACAGCUGAUAUGUGGACGUCUAUGAAUAUGGAGGCAUAUCUAACUUUUGUUUCUCAAUAAAAAUUCAUGAACUAAUCACUUUUUUGUCUUUUAUUUCAUAUGAUUUAACAGUUAAGUUGACAAAUGUGCACAUAAGUUAAAAAAUUGUAACUCUGAAUUUUUACUCUAAUUUGCUAUAUUUUACAUACCAACUCAGUUUUAGCAUUUACACGAACAAGGAAUUUCUUUACCUGCAAUGAUUUUAUAACUACUGCAGGGGUCACUAUUGGGUGAC